AUGGUCAAAAUUGCAAUUGCCGGAGGCUCUGGUGGCGUUGGACAAGAGAUUGUUGAUAUCCUUGUUGCUACAAAGAAGCACGAAAUUCUUUUGCUCUCUCGCAAGGACGCUCCAGCUGAAUCAGCUUCUCAGGCAACUACCUGGAUAAAGACAGACUACAGCAACGUUGAUGAGCUCGCACAGAUUCUUCAGGGGGUUCAUACAGUGCUUUCCUUCGUGACUGAACAGGAGGAUCCUACUAGCCCCGUACAGAAGAAGCUCAUAGAUGCAUCGGUUAAAGCCGGUGUGAAACGUUUUGCUCCAAGUGAAUGGGUCUCAAGUGGUUUAGCUCAUAUGAGCUGGUACGGAUUCAAGGAAACUACCCGCCAGUAUCUCAAGGACUUAAACAAGGACAAGAAAGUUCUUGAGUAUACCUUGUUCCAACCCGGUUACUUCCUCAACUACUUGACUCGUCCCUAUCCUUCGACCAAGCACAUCCCGCUUACGGACCUGCCAUGGGACUUCAAUAACCGCCGUUGGUUGGCGGUCGAUGAAGGCCAGAAUUCUACUUUGACCUUGACUACAGUUGCAGACCUUGCCAAUGUCGUAGCUCAGGCCAUUGAAUUUGAAGGCGAGUGGCCUGUUGUUGGUGGCAUUAAAGGAAACGACAUCACGAUGGGCGAACUCCUCGCCCUCGCUGAGAAUGUCCGCGGUGGCAAACCAUUUGCCGUUGAACAUGUCAAGGCCCAGGAUCUCGAGGCCGGAACAUGGAAGACUUCGUGGACGCCCGUCAUUGAGCAUGCUUCGAUUCCACCGGAGCAACGUGCCGGACUAGCCCGGUUCUUUACUUCUUCGAUUCUUUUGGCAGUCAAUGCUAAUCAACUUCUUGUCUCUGAUAGCUGGAACCAAUUGCUUCCUGACUACAAGUUUACUGUUAUUGAUGAGUUUCUGAUUGAGGCCUGGAAAGGCAAGCCUUGA